UAGAGGAGGCUCGUGUUUUGUCUCUCCGCAGGAGUGACGAGUUUCUCUACUUGCAUCGCCAAGAGCGACACAGGCAACGGGAGACUGAAAAUAUACAGUCAGCAUCGUGCAAUUAAAAAGGAUACUACCAAUCGCUACUGGACAACACCAGAGGACCUCACCAACUCGAACAUUUUUUGUGAGAAAAGAGGAUUUUAAAAGGACCCCCGAUCUCACUUCAAAGCUGACGUCUUCUCUAUCCAGUGGUUUAAAAACACAUAUUCUAGAUGUGAUGUUUGUUGUGCUUGUGAACAAAAGGCUUCUGAUUUUAGGCAUAUCGACAUGCUUUGGAAAAAACGACUAAAAUGUGACCAUUACAGUUUAGCGUCGGUCCCUCUGUUGCUUUGUAGGAUUUGAGGGGGCGUCUCCUGGGAAUCAGGGCAGUGCAUGCGUCUCGUUUUGUAGACAGGACGAGUAUAAGGAGAGCGGAAAGAAAGUGCGCUCUGGAGCUGUCCGUUCAGAACCACACACACGUUACUCUGCCACCAGCGGCACACCGCAUCCCAUCAACCUCGCACCUUUGCUGGAGCUCAUGUUAUGGACCACAAUGUUAUUAUAUUUUCUGCGUUGAUUCAGUUUUUGUCCCCUCUCUGCUUAUUUUUUCCGCUGCUAACAAUUACGCACAUGCAUCCUCCUGGUCUUUCAGCGUUGUAAUGCCUGGCCCGUGCUCGAGACAUGCUUGAGCGACGAGAUGGGCCAGGGUGACGAGAAAGACCGUGUUGUGAUUAACGUGGGAGGGAUUCGACACCAGACCUACCGCAGCACCUUGCGCACUCUACCUGGUACUCGUUUAGCCUGGCUCGCCGAGCCCGAUGCCCACAGCCACUUUGAUUAUGACGCACAGAUUGACGAGUUUUUCUUUGACCGCCACCCAGGAGUUUUUGCACACAUUCUUAAUUACUAUAGGACUGGCAAGUUACAUUGCCCCGCUGAUGUUUGUGGUCCUCUCUACGAGGAAGAGUUGGCCUUCUGGGGAAUCGAUGAGACAGAUGUGGAGCCCUGCUGCUGGAUGACGUACCGGCAGCACCGGGAGGCCGAAGAAGCCCUGGAUAGUUUCGGUGGAGGGCCAGCUGAAAUGAGCAAUGACGAUAUGGAAGGAGAUGGUUUGGGUGAUUCAGGGGAUGGAGAUGAGGAACUUGAGAUGACCAAACGGCUGUCCCUGGGGGACUCACCUGACGCCAAAGCUGCGGGGUUGUGUAAACGUUGGCAGCGCCGUGUUUGGGCACUCUUUGAAGACCCAUAUUCCUCAAAAUAUGCAAGGUGGGUGGCAUUUGCCUCGCUGUUCUUCAUACUGGUUUCCAUAACCACAUUCUGCCUGGAGACACAUGAGGCCUUCAACCCCAUCAUUAACCGCACAUAUUUUAACCCUCAAGACAACAGCUCCAGGAUUAACCAGGAGACAGAGACAGUGGUCUACCUAACCUACAUCGAGGGUGUGUGUGUGGUGUGGUUCACCUUUGAGUUCCUCAUGCGUGUUACUUUCUGUCCAGACAAAAAGAAAUUUAUCAAAAACACCCUUAACAUCAUAGACUUCGUGGCCAUCCUGCCAUUUUACCUGGAGGUGGGCCUGAGCGGGCUGUCCUCUUCAGAAGCAAAGGACGUUCUGGGUUUCCUCAGAGUGGUGCGAUUUGUCCGGAUCCUCCGGAUCUUCAAGCUGACACGACAUUUUGUGGGGCUGCGUGUUCUGGGACACACUCUCCGCGCCAGCACAAAUGAGUUCCUCCUGCUUAUAAUCUUUCUUGCCCUUGGAGUGCUCAUCUUUGCCACCAUGAUCUACUACGCAGAGCGAAUCGGUGCCAAUCCCAAUGACCCACGUGCCAGCGAGCACACCCACUUCAAAAACAUCCCCAUUGGCUUCUGGUGGGCUGUUGUGACUAUGACCACAUUGGGCUAUGGAGACAUGUAUCCUCAGACAUGGUCAGGCAUGUUGGUGGGUGCAUUGUGUGCUCUGGCUGGUGUAUUAACCAUUGCCAUGCCUGUGCCUGUCAUUGUCAAUAACUUUGGGAUGUACUACUCUCUAGCCAUGGCUAAGCAGAAGCUACCAAAGAAAAAGAACAAGCAUAUUCCCCGUGCCCCACAUCUGGGCUCACCUAAUUACUGUAAGUCAGCCAUGAGCUCGCCUCAUCACAGCCCACCAAUUGACCAUUGUUCUCUUGCUGCCCAGGAGGAGAUUUUAGAAAUGAACAGAGCAGAUCCCAAAGUGAACGGUGAAGCAGCUAAAGCAGCACUGGCCAAUGAGGAUUGUCCCCACAUAGACCAAGCCAUUUCCCCUGAGGAUGGCCAGAUCUUUAACCCAAGCGAGCCACGGGGAGACACUCCGUGCUUUCUCCUGAACGUCGGCAGACGAUCUACUAACACAGGAACCAGAGUGAGGAAGGCCGGAACGUUCUCAGGGAGGUCAGGGGCGGAGCCGGCCGGCCUGACGUAUGGCCCACAGGGUUACCCACUGCUGCAGCUAGGCUGGGCGCACAGCCCAGAGGAUGGCCAUGCCAGGGUCACCACCUGAUAUCCAUUCCUGUUUUACUGUCAUACGGCUUAGCGUUCAAACCACUCAUAGCAGCCUUAGAUAAAUAAAAGGCCCCUGCACAGUAUGUAGCUUUAGAGUCUGUAAACGAAUGUGCAACACGUCAGCAAAUUAAUGUAGUGAUAUAAAGACUGACACUCUCAAGUAAACUCAUGGCACUGUUCUAGUUUAAACUUCCCUUGAUGUCAGCUAAUCUGACCCAUGCUGUAUGAAUAGACUUGAGACAAGAUGGCUAAAGAAUCACACCCAGAGUGAUGUUUCAACAACAGUUAUAACUAACACCAACAGCAAAACCAGACAUGGCCAUUUAUGAAUCAUAUUCAAAAGAGAUUUUCUACUUCUACCAUCCUAAAAAGUGUUACCAAUUUGUCAUUCCAGUACGUCAUCAUUUUCUAACCAAUAGCGCUGUCUGUCUGUGUCAUAUGACAUGUUGCUCUGUGUGAGCAUGCUCUGUUUGACUUCAGAUCCUACCCACAGCCAAAUGCACCUCAAGUUGGCCAACAUCAUCACUAGGCAGAACUACACACAUGGUUCCCAACAAAUAUGUUGUUGUUGUUUUUUUCUGUAUCAAUGUAUCUGUGUUUUAUGUGUUUUGUGUGAGUAAAAGUUAAUGGUUGUGGGUGAUUGUUAAAGAGAUGUUUUUUAGUGUGCCUGUGUGUGUGUGUGUGCAUGCAGUGCUUUUUUGUAGUGGACUUUUCUUUUUUCUGUAGCUUUAUGUUGUGCAUGUGUUGGGGCAGUCCUGCGGCCUUGCUGCACACUCUGUCCUGAUGCCUGUAUGGUAUUGGAUGAGAAAGUGAAGACUUGGUUUUGCACAGAGGCAAAGAGAAAGUUGACAUAUACUGUACACUUAUGCCACGAACAAAUAGACUAUGGAAAAGUGCCUAAAAUUGACAACCUGGUCUCAAUGAAUCACAUUACCUACAUAGCAAAAUGAUUUUUACAUGGCUCUUUUAUUCACUUUCACACAAAUCAUUAAUAUAACUGCACAUUGUCAGUUCAUAAACACUUAAUUUUCGCCCUGUUCCUCACACAAUGUAUCUUAUGACAUCAGAACACUUGUGUUAUAGUGAAUGGCUUGUAAGGUGAUACAUUUUAACGUUUGCAUUACAUAACCAACUGCGUUUACAAGAUUUUUCAAGCAUGAUCGAAUUGUGCAUUGCUUAACUGAUGGAGUGUUGCACUGGUGAUGCAAAGGACCAGGCUAUGAGUCCUAGAGAGCAUGCAAGUCGACACAUGAGCUGAAAGUGUCAAAGAAGCACCACAAAAUGAUGUGAUUGUUAAGCAAUUGCAUUUUUCAUCUCACAUUUGCUUUUUAUGACACCAUCAGUUAGAUUUAGGUUUAAGGUAACUCGCUUUCAGCGCCACACAGUGGACAUUUCACUUUGGAACUGCUGCGAUACAUGCAAUCGCAGAACUACAUAAUGUAAUUUUGCAAAUAUGUCACCACAGUCAUGUAAUUUUCAUGAGAUCAGGCUGAAAAUUGGAAAAUGACCCUGACGAAUGAUAUUACUAGAUCAGGACAUUAAUCGUUUGGUUGCCUUGAUGUCAAAUUUGUAUCGUUGAAUUUGAAGUUAGUGUGAAUUUCUAGAUCAGUGUAUCUGUAAACUGCAUAAUUCAACCGAUUGGUUGAUUGUCUGUUUUUUGCCUUGCAGUCCACAGCCUUCUUUGCCCUAUCUAAUGCCAGGUUAACCAACUGGUCUUUGUGCAUGCCAUCUCACAGAAAUUGCAUGCAAUAUUAAACCCUUUAAAACCUGACCCGUAGCAGCAACGACCAGGUAUGAAAACAUUGUGUAGAGCAAGAUGACAUUGGUAAAGCAGUGCACAAUCAAAACCUUUGUGUCUCAGCAAUUGCCCUGUGCACAUUUCUCUCCACUAAACUUAAGGUUAUCAAAAGUCCCGAAGCCUGGGCACCAUAACCAGCAAGGCCCGAACGCUGGCCGAGGUGGUGUCGAUAUCUACUGGGUCCUGCGGCCCGCCUGUUCUCCUGCGGCGAUCCCAUUCUCCAAUCCCCUCCAUUCUCUAAAAAAGUGCAGUGGUGUAGUUAGAGCUAUCUCCUUGGGUCUUCCUCCUGCUCUGCCACCUUCUGUUCUCUGCAGUGUUUGAUUUGGUCUGGUUUGUCUUGUUCUCUGGUCCUUGUCUUCUGGAACUGUGUUUUUGUCUCCUCUCUUCCUGUGUCCGAUUUGCUUGUUUCUUGUCCUUACCUACCAGCUCUCAACCCAUGCAAAGCCAUCAGAGAGAAACCUCAGUGUCUAAAACAUCUCAGGGAAAGUUUGAAAUAUUCCCUAGUUACAAAUGUUUAUUGAUUAUAAAAGAACUGGGAUCAGAAAUCAAUACCUUGCUUUAUUAUAGCACAUUAUUGAUCCAGGGACCACUUCAACUGAAAACUUCUGUCAAGACUUGCAUCUUUUGAAGCAAAAUCUCCCUUCCAUGUUAAAUCAAUUCGUGUUAAUUGUAUAAAUUCCAGUUGUGGAAUUUAAAUGAUUUAUUAUGAUUUCAAGAGUGUCCCUUUUUUGCAUAAUUUUUGCAAAUUUUUUACAUAAAACCCUUUCUCACAAAUAGAAGACAACAAUAGCCAUUUUUAUUCUCGACCUGUUGCUUUUUUGUUUCCCCUUUUCAUUUUUACUUCCCCUUCGCUCUAAUGUAAUUCUCAUUUCCCCUCUCUCUUUACCUGUUUAAUGAGAUCCCAGAUAAUAGUUAUCAGGGGCCGCAAAUUUCUCACUUUGAAAUGGACAGCCUGAACUCGUUCUGCAUGUCAGAGCCUCUACGGCAAGUGUCUCUCCUUCCUCUGUAAUUCUUUCACUCUGUCCGUGCAUUUCUGUCCAUCUCUCUUUCUCCAACCUCUUUUGCUCUGGAUUUCAAAAGCAAACCAAAUCUCAGUUUUUGAGAGAGAGAGAUAAAAACAUCAAAAAAUACCAAUAGUCUUAUUUUCUCAGCCAAUUUUCUCCUCAUUCUGAGAUAAAUGGAAAAAAAAAAAAUGGCCCUGAGCAAUCCCAUCCCCCCAUGUAUUUUCUACUUCAGAUCCAUGCAAAGAGGAACCUGCACUAGUUAAGUAUAUGCAGUCAGAGGUGCUUAAAGUGACCUGAGAAGGGAGCAGCAUCUCAGAGGGGGAACCAAAACCUUGGGUUUCCUUAUCCAGCCUUUCUUGACUUCACAAUGGCCGCAGAGAUUUGAGGCUGGAGUCCAAAGGAGGGACGUAUAUGUAGAGAGAAAAAGAGCACACUAGAUGAUGUUGUUAAUCGUCACAGUGGCAUAUGUUUUGUUCAGAAAGAUUCUGUCUUUAAUGCACUCUGAUUGAAUGAGGGAGCAUAUGGACCGGGACUUUUUUAAAGAAGAACUUAAGGACCAUACAUCAGCUGAAGAGUGCAAUGGAUGGAUGUCUGGCUUAAAAACAAGCAAAAUGAGUUUUAUAAUCACUAAUGAGAGUACAUGCAGUGUCAUCAGUGACAGAUGCAGUGGACUCUUACCUGUUCCUUUUAGCAUGAGCUGCAUGGUGUUACAUAAAAAAGAGGAAACUAUUCUAUAUCUGUUAUGAAUAUCUGUACAAAACAAAUAUUUUCUUUGGAGAGUUCUUCACUUUUGCAGAAUUUACAUGUAGCCAUGGAUAAUGAAAUAUUCAAAGAACAUGUUCUUUACUUCAGCAACAGAUUUCUUCAUUAUGUCUUUCAUUUGUUACUAACCACAUAUGACUAAGCUCUGGUCAUAUUGACCUCAAAUUCUGAAUGAGACACUUCAGUGGUUACUGACGUAAGAUAGAUUGUAUUUUCUCAAGCUUUGUGGUAAAUUCAAACUUUUCAACUUUGUUUCUGUCUGGCAUGCUUGUGAUUCUGAAACUUAUAGAGAAAAAAAAAAAAAACUGAGCAAAAUGAGUUGUUAUUUUUAUGUUUUAUGACAUAAUUAUUAGUGAAUAGAUCCUGUGGAAAACUAUAGUGAGCAACUGUUUAUUUGACAUAUCAAGUGCAGACUUUUGACAGUGUUAUUUUUGGAGGGAACAAAAAAAAAAAAAAAAAAAUAUCAAAAACAAGAAAAAUGGCAUCACGUCAAGAUGUUUAACAUACAUUUUCACUAAUUUCUUUUAGCUACGAAAACAAAGAAAAGCAAAAAAGACAGAUGUAUAUUUACAUUAUAAGAGAAUUGUAUGCAAUUUAGAACUUUGAGGAAAAACAAAUGCAUGCACUAUGUUAUGCAACAAUAACUGCAUAGAAAAACAGGAAAACAUGACUACAACUAUAGCAUGAAAUAAAUUUUGUAUGAAACCUGUUAGAGGGCUUAGUUUUUUGUUUGUUUUGUUUAUUGGAAUGGAAUGUUUGCAUUAUUUCUAUUUCUCUCUUUGGUUGUGCCAAUACUCUCUUUGGCCUGAAGUUGACAGGCACAAAGAGGUGGAUUGGAAGGGAGUGAAAAGGGAAAAACGUGUCUUCAGUUGGAGCAGCAUGGCAGCCUGCACUGAUGAGCAUGGUGAUGAGUUAAAACUUUAACGUUUGAAGGAAACAAUGACAAACCUGCAUGCCGUGAACAAGCUGAAGUUUGAAUCUCGGAAACAACAGUGUCAACAUACUCUCUGCUCACUGAGGUAUGAUGCAGAAGCCUGCCUUGGAUGCAUGGGAAACGUGCCUGCUUACAGAUUGCAUUAACGUCACCCUCUGGUCUCCUUUCAUCCCUUCCUCCUACUCCUCCUGACCCCUCCAUCUCUCUUCUGCACUCGUUCGCACGUCAUCCUGCACCCUCUUCACCCGUAUUUGUUCUCUAGAUGUCUGGGUAAUAACUCGUCUGUUGUCUCUCUUCUUUUUCAUGUCUGUAGAGGUUUCUCGGCAGGCCCGGCACAAACAGCCUGCAGACUCAGUGUGUGUCAUGAAUCGUGGUGUUCCAACCACUGUGUGCAUGGCCCAGAACAUCCUUCCCUCUUCCUGAUAAUAACCAUCUAUAAGUCUGUGUCGUGUACAUUAAUGGGUGGAUCCAUGUGUUGGAUUUACAGUUAGGAAUGUAAGGUCUAAUCUAGAAAUCGUUCUUCACAUUAAAUGUAUAGAGGGACACUUACCAGCAAUCUACCCCCCUCUUUGUUGGCCGCUGAUAAUGUUACAACUUUUGGUAGUGUGGUGUAAAAUGUGUAUUUGAGUGCAUGUUUGUUCAAUAUGUGUGUUUUUUGUGUGUCUGUUUUGUAAAUAUGCUUUUCGUGUUUCACAUGCUUGCUACUGAAUAUUUAGAGUAAUAUCUUUAAAGGGUUAUAUGGUCAAAAGUAUCUACUAACAAAGGUUCACAAAACUGCCUUUGAAUUUGAAUAGGGUCAAACUAAUAAUGUUCCCUGAUGUGCUGCUGCAGUUGCCUUUGUUUGCAGUGUGCACAUUUAAAAUUUUACAUUGCUUUGGGUUGUAAAUGUUAGUGGACAGAUUGUGUCUUGAGUUCAAUUUUUGCUUUGUGUGUUUAUAAUGUUGUUACACUCUAACUCUUUCUAUUUCUGAACCCAGCAAGAACAUCAAUACACUCCAGAUUCUCCAAAUUGCAGUGACACUUGUGAAACAGAAAGCUGAUUGUAUGCAUGCAGAAUCAAGCAGCAGAACAACUGAAGUGGCAAAUAAUGAGUUUAACAGGGCUGAACAGGUUAAACUUAGACCAAUAUUACAUCUAUAUCCUGUUAGUUUGUCAUGAGCUCACUGCCUAUGUGCAAAAAGUGGGUUUUAAUAGAGUUUUAAACCAAGCAGAAUUCUCUUAAACAGAUAUUAAGAGUUUGUAACAUUUUAUGCUAAUACAAUAUUACAUUUGGGUUUGUACAAUGUUCUUUAGCACAAUCCCAAUUGACAAAAUGUUAGUCUUUUUUAUCGUUUUAAAGCAUUUCUAUCUUUUUUUAAUCACUUUUUAUUUUUGGCCUUUUUACAUUAUAGCAAUACUCGUGUGUAGGUUCUCUGUGCACUAAAAAUAGGUUCACAUAUUACUAAUCUGUUUAUAUUUAUUCACCAGGGUUGAACCCAAGUCUUUCAACAAGCAUUUGGAUAUUUGUAAAUGUUACAUGUAUAUUAUAUAUUACAUAUAUUAUAAAAUGUGGCUAACUUUGCUUGGUAAUUCCUACCCUAGGUAAUUUUUUUCCAAUCUAUAGGUAGCUAUAAUCCACCUUAAUAGAUACAUUUAAAAAAUACAUUUGAUUAUAUUGUUAAUGAAUGCAAACUGCAUGAUUUGCAAUAAUAAUGUUGAUGGUAAAUAAUAAAUAUAUCUCAGUUUCACCUUUCAUUUUAAAAGGGAGCAUGCAAACUCUUUUGUCAAAAUAGACUAUAUAAGCAUGACUCCAGCUUAACAAGGAGCUAAAUAUAACUGAAUUUGCUGUUUAGAUGAUGCUUCAAAGACCUUUUAAUGCUGCUCACAAUUUACCAUUUUUGUUACUAACAAAUUGCAAUUAACUAUUUGAGGUUAACUCUCUUUGAUAACCUACAAUAAUUUUAGGGACACUUCUUGUGAUUUCAGCAGAAAAAUAAAAAAAAAUGCAACAA